UUUGCGGCGUCUCCGCUGCCGCACACGGAGCCACACGCUGAACGCGGACUCGGACUGACUUUGGGAUUUCUUUUAUUUAUUUAUUUAUUUUUACUCUGGAGAAAAUCGUGGAAGGACAAAACAAGGAGUAAAUAACCCCAAAAAGCAGAGGUUAAAGCCGGCUGGUAUUGGAGGCAUGGCGGACCGGGACCCGGUGCCGCUUCCCGCAGAGGUUCGGGCCAAACUGGCCGAGCUGGAGCUGGAGUUAUCGGAGGGUGAUAUCACACAGAAGGGCUAUGAAAAGAAGCGAUCCAAGCUGAUUGGAGCCUAUUUCCCUCAAACACAAGGAAUGGAUCCCUCCAUGGGCCAGGAGCGGAGAACACCGGUCACCCCUUCCUCGUCCUCCCGCUAUAACCGACGGCGGUCCUCAGGCUCCCGGGAUGAACGCUACAGAUCAGAUGUGCACACUGAGGCCGUGCAGGCUGCACUGGCGAAACAUAAAGAAAGAAAAAUGGCUGUGCCGAUGCCUUCUAAGCGCCGAUCACUGGUGGUUCAGACCUCCAUGGAUGCCUACACACCGCCAGACACUUCCUCUGGAUCUGAGGGGGAGGGUCAGGGCGAUGGCGACGAGGAAGUAGGAGGAGAUGGAGAAGAACAGGAUGGCGGAGGGGGAGGAGGAACUUCAUCCAGCAGAGAGGGUAGCAUCAGCAUGGAGCACUGGAUCAGCAGGGCGGUCCACGGCACAUCCUCCACCACCACCACCUCGUCCACCGCCUCCUCAUCCUCCUCUUCUACUCGUAGCGGAGGAAGCGGGGCGGCCGCUGGCAGGCUGGCUGAUGUGCUGGCCCAACACGUCCAUAUCUCCUCCCAGCACCACCUUCGCCACCAUCGUCAUCAUCAUCAUCACCGUCAUCAAAAAACAGGCCUUUUAAGCCACCUCUCCUUGAAGAGGAGGAGGAAGGCAGACUCAGCUGGUUGGGUUCAGAACGGAAACUCCAAGUCGGGGCGCUCCGAAAACCACUCCGCUCCCCCAGAUGUGACCGGCUACACCAACAACACAGGCAACACCACCACAACAGACGGGAUCCAGGUAGAGCGGGCCACAGGCGGCGGGAAUGCAGCCCAGAGGCAGACCCCUAAAUAUGGAAACGCAGAGCUGAUGGAGACCGGAGACGGUGUUCCAGUCAGCAGCAGAGUUUCAGCCAAGAUACAACAACUCGUCAACACGCUGAAGAGACCCAAACGGCCUCCGUUAAGAGAGUUCUUUGUGGACGACUUCGAGGAGCUCCUGGAGGUCCAGCAGCCAGACCCCAAUCUGCCCAAAGCUGAGGGGGCUGAGAUGGUGGCCAUGCGGGGCGAGCAGCUGGGCGUGGUGACCAACUGGCCCCCGUCUCUAGAGGCGGCGCUGCAGAGGUGGGGCACCAUCUCUCCAAAGGCGCCCUGUUUGACCACCAUGGACACCAACGGCAAGCCGCUUUACUCGCUCACCUACGGUAAACUUUGGUCCAGAAGUGUGAAGGUGGCCUACAACCUGCUGCACAAACUGGGAACCAAACAAGAACCACUAGUCAGACCUGGAGACCGGGUGGCGCUGGUCUUCCCCAACAACGACCCUGGUGCCUUCAUGACGGCUUUCUACGGCUGCCUGCUGGCUGAGGUCGUCCCCGUGCCGAUAGAGGUACCGCUGACCAGGAAGGACGCCGGCAGUCAGCAGAUCGGCUUCCUGCUAGGGAGCUGCGGCGUCACCGUGGCUCUGACCAGCGACGCCUGCCAUAAAGGCCUACCCAAAAGUCCCACCGGAGAGAUCCCACAGUUCAAAGGUUGGCCCAAGGUUCUGUGGUUUGUCCCAGAGUCCAAACACCUCUGCAAGCCGCCCAGAGACUGGUUCCCCCAGAUCAAGGAUGCCAACCAGGAUACCGCCUACAUCGAGUAUAAGACCUGUAAGGACGGCGGUGUCCUCGGCGUCACCGUGACGAGGAUAGCCAUGCUCACACACUGCCAGGCCCUCACUCAGUCCUGCUCAUACACAGAAGCUGAAACCAUAGUGAAUGUAUUAGACUUCAAGAAGGAUGUAGGACUGUGGCACGCUAUCCUGACUAGUGUGAUGAACAUGAUGCAUGUCAUCAGCAUUCCCUACGCCCUCAUGAAGGUGAACCCUUUAUCCUGGAUCCAGAAAGUCUGCCAGUUUAAAGCAAAGGUGGCGUGUGUGAAGUCCCGGGACAUGCACUGGGCCCUGGUGGCCCACCGGGACCAGCGAGACGUCAACCUGGGCUCCCUGCGGAUGCUGGUGGUGGCAGACGGUUCCAAUCCCUGGUCGAUCUCGUCCUGUGAUGCGUUCCUCAACGUCUUCCAAUCCAAAGGUCUAAAGCCGGAGGUGAUCUGUCCCUGUGCCAGCUCCCCGGAGGCUUUGACUGUCGCCAUACGGAGACCGUUGGAGGAAGGAGUGACCCCUCCUAGCCGCGGCGUGCUCUCCAUGCACGGUCUGAGCCACGGAGUCAUCCGGGUCGACUCGGAAGAGAAGCUGUCUGUUCUAACUCUUCAGGAUGUGGGUUCCGUCAUGCCUGGAGCUUUAAUGUGCGUCGUGAAACUGGAAGGUGUUCCUCAGCUCUGUAAAACCGAUGAAAUCGGAGAGAUGUGUGUUUGCACGGUUGCCACGGGAUCCUCCUAUUAUGGUCUGGCUGGUAUGACGAAGAACACCUUUGAGGUGUUUCCCGUGUCCAACAACGGGACGCCCAUCAGUGAGUUUCCCUUCACCAGAACCGGUCUGCUGGGAUUCAUCGGACCUGCUGGUUUGAUCUUUGUCGCUGGGAAGAUGGAGGGGCUGAUGGUGGUAGGAGGGCGGCGCCACAAUGCUGACGAUAUUGUAGCCACGGCGUUAGCUGUGGAGCCCAUGAAGUUUGUCUACAGAGGCAGGAUAGCUGUGUUUUCUAUCACCGUGCUUCAUGAUGAGAGGAUUGUGGUCGUAGCCGAGCAGCGACCGGACUCCACCGAGGAAGACAGUUUCCAGUGGAUGAGCAGAGUUCUGCAGGCGAUAGACAGCAUCCAUCAGGUAGGGGUGUACUGCCUGGCUCUGGUGCCCUCCAACACUCUGCCUAAGACACCUCUGGGUGGCAUCCACCUCUCAGAGACCAAGCAGCUCUUCCUGGAAGGGGCUCUGCAUCCCUGCAAUGUGCUGAUGUGUCCACACACCUGCGUUAUCAACCUACCCAAACCCCGGCAGAAGCAGCCAGAGAUCGGCCCUGCCUCUGUGAUGGUGGGGAAUCUGGUGUCGGGGAAGAGGAUCGCUCAGGCCAGCGGCAGGGACCUGGGUCAGAUCGAAGACAAUGACCAGGCAAGGAAGUUCCUCUUCCUGUCGGAGGUGUUGCAGUGGAGAGCGCAGACAACCCCGGACCACGUCCUUUACACACUUCUUAACUCCAGGGGGGCGAUAGCCAGCUCUUUGACUUGCGUUCAGCUGCAUAAGAGAGCAGAGAAGAUCGCUGCUGUGCUGGGCGAACGGGCCCACCUGCAGGACGGAGACCACGUCGCACUGGUUUACCCUCCAGGUAUCGACCUCAUCGCUGCAUUUUACGGAUGCCUUUACGCCGGCUGCGUCCCGAUCACAGUGCGUCCUCCUCACCCACAGAACAUCGCCACCACGCUGCCCACUGUCAAGAUGAUUGUGGAGGUGAGCCGGUCAGUGUGUGUGAUGACCACACAGGUCAUCUGCAAGCUGCUGAGGUCAAAGGAGGCUCUGGCGGCCGUGGACGUCCAAACAUGGCCGCCCGUUAUUGACACAGAUGAUUUGCCAAAGAAGAAGCCUCCCCUGCUGUAUAAACCGUCCAACCCCGACACCCUGGCCUACCUGGACUUCAGCGUCUCCACCACAGGCAUGCUAGCUGGAGUCAAAAUGUCUCACACCGCCACCAGUGCCUUCUGCCGCUCCAUCAAGCUGCAGUGUGAGCUCUACCCAUCCAGAGAGGUCGCCAUCUGCUUGGACCCCUACUGCGGCCUGGGCUUCGUCCUCUGGUGCCUUUGCAGUGUUUACUCAGGUCACCAGUCCAUCCUCAUUCCUCCCUCCGAGCUGGAAGUGAAUCCGGCUCUCUGGUUGUCGGCCGUCAGUCAGUACAAAGUCCGUGACACUUUCUGCUCCUACAGCGUCAUGGAGCUGUGCACCAAAGGCCUGGGCCUGCAAACUGACUUACUAAAGUCUCGAGGGGUAGACCUGUCCAGGGUGAGGACGUGCGUGGUGGUAGCAGAGGAGCGUCCCAGGAUAGCGCUGACGCAGUCCUUCUCCAAACUCUUCAAGGACCUUGGACUCCACCCACGGGCCGUCAGCACCUCGUUCGGCUGCAGAGUCAACCUGGCCAUCUGCCUGCAGGGUACAUCAGGACCCGACCCCACCACUGUGUACGUGGAUAUGAGAGCGCUACGACACGACAGGGUCAGAUUAGUGGAGCGGGGGUCCCCACACAGUUUACCACUGAUGGAGUCUGGGAAGAUCCUGCCUGGAGUCCGGAUCAUCAUCGCCAAUCCGGAGACCAAAGGGCCGAUGGGGGAGUCACAUCUGGGAGAGAUCUGGGUGCACAGCGGCCACAACGCCAGCGGAUACUUCACCGUCUACGGAGACGAAGUUCUCCAGUCUGAUCAUUUUAGCUCCAGGCUCAGUUUUGGCGACACUCAGACGGUUUGGGCUCGGACCGGAUACCUGGGCUUCCUGCGGCGGACCGAGCUCACAGACGCCAGCGGAGAGCGUCAUGAUGCUCUGUAUGUGGUCGGCGCGCUGGAGGAGGCCAUGGAGCUGAGGGGGAUGCGUUACCACCCCAUCGACAUCGAGACCUCUGUUAUAAGGACGCACAAGAGCAUCACAGAAUGCGCAGUCUUCACGUGGACCAACCUGCUGGUAGUCGUGGUGGAGCUCGACGGCUCCGAGCAUGAGGCCUUGGACCUGGUUCCGCUCGUCACCAACGUGGUUCUGGAGGAGCACUACCUGAUCGUCGGGGUGGUGGUCGUCGUCGACAUCGGAGUCAUCCCCAUCAACUCCCGCGGCGAGAAGCAGCGCAUGCAUCUACGCGACGGCUUCCUGGCCGACCAGCUGGACCCCAUUUAUGUGGCCUACAACAUGUAGCGCCCCCCAGUGGACGCAAAUAGACCUAUCCAGGACAGUGAGGAAAAACUGAAGGCCAUGUGGGCCAAAUUAGCCCUGUGUUUCGUCUUUCAGGCAGCGCUAUACUCCAGUCGGGUUUCGGUUCCUCACCAUGAGGUCCUGGUUUGUCUGAAGGAAAGGGAAGCUGGAUCCUAUCAGGGCACAAUAUGGCUGACGUCAGAAAGGUUUUGGCUCCACAGCAACAUCUGGCUCACUCUAUAGUUUCCUGUUUUAUCUCUAAAUGUUGGAAAAGUCAAGGCUAUUUUUUUGAAGAUGAUAUUUACACAAAAAAAAAAAAUAUUUUGUGUUUUUACGACCAUAGCAAAGAGCGGGAUAUGUUUGAUACCAAGGGCGGGGUCUAAGGACAGCUAAUCACAGCUGACCCUUUUGUUUUAUCAUGAGGUACUUUGAUUUAGCGUUGGAUUUUUUUAAAAAUCUACCAGCUGGUCCAUUUCACCAGGUGCUCACAUCCACACAGCUGCAGCCUUUGACUCUGUUUAUUUUUCCAUAAACAGCUCCUAUCAUGUAAGUAUGUACAAAAAUAAACCGAUUUAAUUUAUUUUCUCUUUUAGAAGUUUAUGAUUCAAGAAUGUUUUGGCUCUUGAAUAUUAGCUAAUAUAAAAAAA